UUUUCCCCUCCGGGAAUUCCUGGUGCAUGUCUCCUUUGAGAACCUUUCCUUAAGAUUCCCACUGUUUACUCACUAAUUCCUCUUCUGGCUCUGCGGUUCUGAGCAUUGAGGGGGUAAACAGAGGAGCCACAUUUUUUCUUUUCCCCUCUCUUCCUCUUUUAGACCUUCCUGAGAACACCCGUGAACUCCAAAGAAGGCCCCUGAAAGAGCCUCAGGGGAAUGAUCGAUCAUGCCAACCACACUUGGACCCAAAAUUUCAUUCUUGCUGGUUUCACUACUACUGGGACUCUGCGAUCUCUUGCCUUCUUGGGGACUCUGUGCAUCUAUCUCCUCACCCUAACAGGGAACCGGUUUAUUAUCGUCCUGGUUCAAGCUGAUUCUGGACUGUCCACACCCAUGUACUUCUUCAUCAGCGUCCUCUCCUUCUUGGAAUUCUGGUACGUCAGCACCAUGGUGUCCACACUGCUGCAUACCUUGCUCCAUGGGCAUUCACCCAUCUCAUCUACUUUGUGUUUCAUCCAGUUUUAUGUCUUCCACUCAUUGGGCAUGACUGAGUGCUACCUGUUGACUGUCAUGGCGCUGGACCGCUACCUUGAUAUCUGUCACCCACUCCACUACCAUACCCUCAUGAGCAGACAGGUACAGUUAUGGCUAGCAGGGGCCACUCUGGCGGCUGGCUUCUCAGCAGCUCUUGUUCCUGCCAGUCUCACAGCUACUCUUCCCUUCUGCUUGAAGGAAGUGGCUCAUUACUUUUGUGACCUGGCACUGUUAAUGCAAUUGGCAUGUGUGGACAUAGGCUGGCAUUCUUGGGUCCACAUUGUGGUGAUUGGACUGAUCAAUGCGUGCAACAUUGUACUCAUUUUGGGACUCUAUGGGGGCAUCCUGAGAGCUGUGUUGAAGCUGCCCUCAGCUACCAGUCGUGCCAAGGCCUUCUCCACCUGCUCCUCUCAUAUGACUGUAGUGACCCUUUUCUUUGGCUCUGCCUUCAUUGUCUAUGUGGGGCCACCUGGGAUUCGGGCUAAGGGCAUGGACAAAUUUAUUGCCUUGGUACAUACACUCAUACACAUCUACAGCGAUGUGAGGUCAUGGCAAGAGGUGAAGGGACUGCAUGGCUUGGCAAGGAGAAAAUGGGAAAAACAAAUGAGCAUCUUCUUCAUGUAUGUACGACUGAAGAAGAGCUACUCGCUGGACUAUGACUGGGCCCUGGCAGUGGUCUAUUCGGUACUCACACCUUUCCUCAACCCAUUCAUCUACAGCUUGCGCAACAAGGAGAUCAAGGAAGCUGUGAGGAGGCAGCUCAAGAGAGCAAGAAUUCUGGGGUGAAGGGGUGUGGGGCAGGUUGAGUGUGGGGCUGGGGAUGUGGUGGUCCACAAGAUUAGCAGCGACUGGAGAUGAGGAAUCAAGCACUUAAUGUUUUUCUACAUGGGAUACUGGGGCUGGGGCAAGUGCUUCCUAGCUUUCAGAGUUACUCUGGCCAUUAUACUCUGUGAUGGAAUUACAUGCAACUUGUAGAACAAGGACAGAAAAGGUACACUUUCUCUCUAGCAACUUGAUGUAUGAAGUGAUUUUCUACAUCUCAGAUGUUUGUGUACCACACUUGGGAUUUUUGUCAAAUAUGCCUUUCAUUUAUAAUAAUAUGUAUUUUUUCAAAUUUACUUGGUUUAACAUAAGUGCAUUUAAUCAUGUCCUAAGUAAUAAUACCUCUUAAAUAAAUGCAUAAUUUUUAGAACAAAAAUUAAAUGAUUUUUCAUGUACUCCUGGUAGUUAUUUUAUAUAUUCAAAUCAUUUAUGAAUUACACUGGAAAAUACUGGAGUAGUGGAGAAAAACAUUUUUUUAAAUUUUUAAUCACAAUUAUGGGGCUUAUUAGGGAAGUAACAGGUUACGAUUCAGGAUCAGAAAUGACUCAGGAUACAGUUCUUUGAUCAGGACAGUGAGAAAAGCAUUUUUUUUUAAUACCAGAUAUAUCUGAGUUUAAAUCUCAAUACUUCCAGUCACUUAUUAAUUACCUGGCUUUAAGAAAGUAACUCAACCUCUCUGUAUUUUAAUUUCGUUAUUUACUAAAAAAUAUUUUCUUGUAGGUUGUUUUGAGAAUUACUGACAAGGUACGUAAACCACAGUACAGAGUGUCUGGUAUAUGUUGUUGUUGUUAGGUGCGGUCGAGUUGGUUCCUACUCAUAGUAACUCUACGUACAACAAAAUGAAAC